UUCCAGAGCUUCCAGAGCUCCUGCUCUGACAGCCCUCGCCUGACGGAAAAAUGAAGGUCUCUGCAGCUGGAUUGGCUCUUCUCCUCAUUUCAGCCUCCUUCUCCCAAACUUUCUCUGGUCCAGCUGGACUCGACAUCCCAAUCUGCUGUUUCACAUAUAGCCAGCACAAGCUCCCAUGGAAGCUCAUCCAGCGUCAUUACAUCACCAGCAGCAGCUGUCCUCAGCCAGCCAUCGUGUUUGUCACAAAGGAAGGCCGCCAGGUCUGUGCCAAUCCUGAAAACACCUGGGUCCAAAGCUACCUGAGAAUUUUGGAGCAGAACUGAGCCAAGCAGUGUGGCAAGAGUAGCUGCUGUCAUGGACAAGUCACGUUGUCAUGGACAAGUCACGUUAUCCUGAGCUCCAGCCAUGGGGAAGGACCCUGGGAAAACAGGAGCCACAGGAGCAUCUUCAGGUGUCCCCAAGGGACUGCUGGAAGGGCACCUUGUGUUCAGAGCUGCCACUCAUCCUUGGCUUGCACAGACCAGGCUUCAGCCUCAUCCCUCUGCCCCAACCCCAGGCCUAUGGAAGUGCACCUUGGCUGUUGUAUUAUUUGAAGUUAUUUAAGAAAUCAUCAUAUAGGGCAGUCAGUCCUUUUUUGUCUGUGGAUGAUGAUAUUAUUUAUAGGGGGGGUUACAGGGAGGGUAUUUCUAGGAUAUAGGGUGACCCAAUGUUGGAUGAUGGGAAAUCCUGUUUUAUACAUGUCAACACAUGAUUCUGGACAAUAAAGAAUUUGGAGAGAAAUUUGGAGAAAACCUUUGCUUUUUCCCUUUUACGUGCCUCUGUGUGGUGUUCACCAGCACACACAGAACAUCCCUCUGAGCCAUCUGAGCCUCUAUAGGACACAUGAAGACGGAAAAUGGUUUGAGGCAAACCCAUAAAGUUUCCAUACUGCAGACUCAAGAACAUCCUCCAAAACCUCAUUCCCUCACAUGAACCACCCCCAGUCUCCACAUCCUCUACAGAAUUAGAAGUGUUUGUACCCACAUGGGGGACUUUUAUAUUCAUGAAUCUGCUCUCUACACUCCCAGGCACAUCCCACACAUUUGCUGCUCCC